AUGGCGACCAAGGUACAAGGAAAAGAUGGUAAGGCGCCACCAGGCGCGGCUGUGAACCUCAUAGCAGGUGGAGGAGCAGGCAUGAUGGAGGCAUUGGUCUGCCACCCACUCGACACGAUCAAGGUCCGUAUGCAACUGUCCCGCCGCGGGCGGACGCCAGGAACCCCCAAGCGCGGUUUCCUGCUCACCGGCGCCCACAUCGUCAAGCGCGAGACGCCCCUGGGCCUGUACAAGGGCCUCGGCGCCGUCAUGACGGGCAUCAUCCCCAAGAUGGCGAUCCGGUUCACCUCGUUCGAGGCCUACAAGCAGAUGCUGGCGGACGGGCAGACGGGCCAGGUGACGGGCAAGGGCACGUUCCUGGCGGGGCUGGCGGCGGGCGUGACCGAGGCGGUGGCGGUCGUGACGCCGAUGGAGGUCAUCAAGAUCCGGCUGCAGGCGCAGCACCACAGCCUGGCGGACCCGCUCGACAUCCCCAAGUACCGCAACGCCGCCCACGCCCUGUACACCGUCAUUAAGGAGGAGGGCGUCGGCGCCCUGUACCGCGGCGUGAGCCUGACCGCUCUGCGCCAGGGCUCCAACCAGGCCGUCAACUUCACCGCCUACACCUACUUCAAGGAGGCCCUCAUGGCCUACCAGCCCAACCUCGAGGGCAACGGCCUUCCCGGCUGGCAAACCACCCUAAUCGGGCUCGUCAGCGGCGCCAUGGGGCCCCUGAGCAACGCGCCCAUCGAUACCAUCAAGACGCGCCUGCAGAAGACCCCGGCCGAGGAGGGCGUCAGCGCCAUCAAGAGGAUCACCGUCAUCGCCGGGGAUAUGUUCAGGCAAGAAGGUGUUCACGCAUUCUACAAGGGUAUAACGCCGCGGAUAAUGCGCGUCGCCCCUGGCCAGGCCGUGACUUUUACCGUGUACGAGUACCUCAAGGACAAGAUCGAGAGCAGUUCGUGGACGUCUGUCGGUGGUAAAUACGAGGAGUAA